AUGACAAAGCCCGGGGCAGCCCCCGUCGUCUUGGGCGUGGACAUUGGCACCACAGCCAUCAAGCUGGUUGCCCUGGACUCCCAAACCCGUGCCCUCCUCCACGACAGUGACCGUCCGCAUCACGCCAGCCAAGGUCAGGCCCGUCAAGACUGCACCUGGCGUGAGGAUGCCAACUGCCUCUAUGUCACGACCACGGAGCUGCUGGCGGAGCUGCCUGCUGACGUGCGCGCUCGAAUCACACAUAUGGCGUUGACGGGCCAGAUGCACGGUGCAAUGGCCUCACACUGGACAAACGGCACUUGUGAUCGAGCUACUGCCUGUCUGACCUGGCAGGACAAACGCUGGAGCGAGGAUGAGAUGGACCGCUUGACGGCACUAGCUAAACAAUUUGGCGUCAGCCCCAUUCAUCAUGGUUAUGGCCUGUCCAGCCUCCUCUGGUUGCAAAACAAGGGUGACUUGACGGCUGAGCCCGGCUGGCAUCUCCACUCGGCCUUGGAAUAUGUGGCAGCUCGCCUCAGCCACAGCAGUCCCGAAAGCAUGGCUCCCUCCAUUGCUUUUAGCCUCGGUGGCGCCGUCAUGCCUGGUGGCACCGAAUUUGACCCCAAUUUUGCACAAGCCCUUGGCCUUGAGCCCUCCCUGAUUGCAGCCUUGCCCCAGAUCGUACCGCCGGGUUGUUUGUGGCCCUCGCCCGUGCACGAUACCGAGGCCGAACGCCUCGGUUUGCCCAAGGGCAUCACCGUAUCUGUCCCAGAGGGUGACAACCAGAUGCAAGUCUUUGCCAUUGCACAGGCCGCUGAAAUUGCCCCAAGUGCCUAUCGCCACACUGCCAUGCUCAACCUGGGCACGUCCUGCCAGCUCACCCAGAUUGUCGCCGACGCAGAGCUGGCCACGUUGCAGCCUCUUUCGCCCAUGGUGGAGAUUCGCCCAUACACCGCCAACCAUCACCUCUUGACCGUUGCCAGUCUCAACGGCGGCAAUCUACUGCACCGCUGGGCUAGCACCCUGGCCAGGACACCGGAAGAAGAAUCGGCAACGUUUGCGCGGUGGGAGACGCAAGCCUUUUGUGGAUCCAAGCCUUUCUCCCUCGACUAUCGAAUGUUUGGCGAGCGUGGUCAAAAAGACGUUACUUUUCGGCUUGAAGGCGUACCUGCCCAUGUGGACGAAGUGGCGCAUCAGCUGAUGUUUGAACUCCUAUCUGCCAUCAAACACCAAGCUGUCGGCAGCGGACUGGUGUCGGAACACAUUGAGCGGCUGGUCUUGACCGGCGGCGCAUCGGCAUUUCCCUUUGUGCGGGACGUUUGCAAGCUUCUUUUUCCAGCUGCGCAGGUCGAGGUCUUGAGUCAUGGCCACGGCCCGGCCAUGGGAGCGGCGCUACGCAACAUCUUGGCUGAGCCAAACGCAUCAGAGUGA